AUGGAUAGUAUGGACAAAUCUGAGGCGCCGACGACAUCGGCAUGGAGCGACCUCGUCGAGGAAGCAUCGGACCCCGCGCGCGUGCCUGCGCUAGCAGCUGUGGAUUCCAGGGACACCCUGCGAGCGGCGCUGUCGGCUGACCCUUCUGUUGGCUACCGGCGAGAUUCCUCCACAUGGCGGGCCACAGCUUCAAUCCUGGGCGGCGGCGCGCGGCCCUUCGCGCAGAUCCCGGGCCCGCGCGCGCUGCCGCUCGUCGGAAACGCCUGGCGCUUCCUGCCGCUCGUCGGCCAGUACGCGGUGGAGCGGCUGGACGAGGUGAUGGUAUCGCUGGGCCGGCACGGGCGGCUGGCGCGCUUCUCGGGGCUGGUGGGCCACCCAGACCUGGUCUUCCUGUUCGACGCGCGGCUGGUGGCGCAAGUGCUGCGCAGGGAGGACGCCUGCCCCCAUCGGCCCGCCAUGCCCUCCAUACAGCACUACAAGGCGCGCAUGCGCAAACACUUCUUCGGAGAGACACCGGGGCUCAUCGGAGUGCACGGAGAGCCGUGGGAGCGCUUCCGGGCGCAGGUGCAGCAGCCGCUGCUGGAGGCUGGAGCCGCCAGACGUUACGUGCCCGCGCUGCAGCAAGUGGCUGACGACUUCUUGCACAGGGUACAUGAAAUGAGGGAUGAAAAUCAGGAGUUACCAGCUGAUUUCAUUGAUGAGCUUUAUACCUGGGCCCUGGAAUCGGUGGCGCGCGUGGCGCUGGACCGCCGAUUGGGCUGCCUGUCUGCGGACGCGGUAAGCCGCGAGGAGCCGCGCGCCAUCCUGGCCGCCAUCAAGGACUUCUUCCCACUGGUGGCGCACGUCGAGCUGCGGCUGCCGCUCUGGAGGCUCGUCGCCACUCCCGCCUUCAACCGCUACAUCACCGCCCUCGACACCUUCACACGUGUGUGUCUGAAAUAUAUAAACGAGGCUAUAGAGAGGAUAAGGGACACGCCUGGCAGUGAAGACAGGGCCGAUAGGGAGAAAUCCAUUAUCGAGAAAAUACUAGAGAAGACGUCAGAUCCGAAAGUGGCUGCCAUCCUGGCGCUGGAUAUGCUUCUCGUCGGCGUCGAUACUACGUCCGUGGCGGCGGCGUCGACGCUGUACCAGCUGUCCCGCAACCCGGAGAAGCAGGCGGCGCUGCUGCAGGAGCUGCGGCGCGCGCUGCCCACGCCGCGCUCACCACUCUCCGCCGCACACCUCGAGGGGCUGCCCUACCUCAAGGCCUGCAUCAAGGAGACGCUCAGAAUGUAUCCAGUUAUAAUCGGAAAUGGCAGAUGUCUUCAGUCUGAUGCUGUGAUCGAAGAUUUCCACAUACCUAAAGGGACACAUGUGAUCUUCCCACACCUGUGCCUGGGCCGCUCGGAGCGCUACUUCCCACAGCCGGCCGCCUUCCUGCCAGAGCGCUGGACGGCAGCGUGGCCAGGAGGCCGGCUGCCAGACCACCAGCAUGCCUCGCUGCCCUUCGGCCACGGGCGCCGCAUGUGUGUCGGCAGACGAUUUGCUGAGGCCGAGCUGCAGAUACUCAUCGCCAAGAUUGUACGCAGGUACCAGGUUGAAUAUCAUUAUGGUGAAAUCAAAUACAAAGUGCAUCCAACAUAUGUACCUGAGAGCCCACUCAAGUUCAGACUUGUGUCAAGGCCAAACUAG